UAUUCUCGGCGCUCUUGUCUCAUUUUCGAAUACACCUAUAGUGCUUAUGAAUCUGGACCAGGACUUUGGUCCAGUUUUUACAGUCCUUUUAUAACUGACAAUCUUAUCGAUUUGUUGAAUCUUUAAGACAAACCUUCAAGUCACUUGAUAAUAAGAGAGGCACCAUUUUACGUCCAAAAAUAUGUGAUUGAGUCACCCAAGAAAUUUUUGAAUUCAUAAGGAUGCUGCGCACUGUUAGGAGUAUAGGUUUUAAACCUGCAGGCUUUAGUUUUCACACAGAGUGUACCAAAUGCUCCAAAAGUUUCUCUGAAAAACUUGAAAAUGGUCCUUCGCUGAAGGACUUUGUGACAGAACGGUCAUCUGAAUACGGUGGUAAAUUAAAAUUAGACAAAGGAGAUAGGUCUCGUCUAAGACUCCCACCAUGGUUGAAAACAGAAAUUCCCAUGGGUAAAAAUUAUAGUAGAAUUAAAGAUCAGUUACGUGAAUUAAAAUUGAGUACUGUUUGUGAAGAGGCACGUUGUCCAAAUAUUGGAGAAUGUUGGGGUGGUGGCACUCAUGGAACGGCCACAGCAACUAUAAUGCUUAUGGGUGACACUUGUACCCGAGGCUGUAGAUUCUGCUCUGUAAAAACUGCACGUAUUCCACCGCCGCCAAAUCCUGAGGAGCCUGUUAAUACAGCAAAGGCGAUAACAGAUUGGGGUUUAGACUAUGUAGUUCUUACUUCAGUAGAUAGAGAUGAUUUACCUGAUGGUGGGGCAUCGCACAUAGCAGCAACAGUAAUUGAAAUCAAGAAACGUAGUAAUAUCCUAGUGGAGUGUCUUGUUCCAGACUUUAGAGGAAAUCGUGAUUGCGUGUCGACCGUCGUGCAGGCGAAGCUUGACGUUUUCGCCCAUAACAUAGAAACGGUUGAGCGACUAACUCCAUUCGUUCGGGAUCGUCGUGCAAAUUACCAACAGUCCCUGCGCGUUCUGGAAGCAGCCAAGUCUGAAAAUCCUGAUUUGAUAACAAAGUCAUCGAUAAUGCUGGGUCUUGGAGAAACCGACGAGGAAGUGGAGCAGACCAUGAACGAUUUACGAGCUGCAGGCGUAGAAGCAGUCACCCUAGGACAAUAUAUGCAGCCGACAAAAAGACAUUUAAAAGUUAUUGAAUAUGUUACUCCAGAUAAAUUUAAGUCCUGGGAGAAUUUUGGAAAUGAUCUGGGAUUCAUUUACACUGCUAGUGGACCACUCGUUCGAUCUUCUUACAAAGCAGGCGAAUUUUUCCUCACAAAUGUUAUAAAAAAUCGAACGAAAAAUAUUGAUCAGAGCAAUUAAUAGUACCUUUUACCGAUAAUGUAAAUAACUAGUCGAAUGAAAAUUGUGUAUAAAUGUAACUAUAAAAUACAAAGUUAACUAAACCCAUAA